AUGUCUCUUCGCAUCUCCCAAUCCCUCCGCCGCGCAGCCCUGCGCCCCAGCCCAUCAACCAUCCUCAGAACCCCAAUCAUUCCCCGCCGCUUCCAAAGCGCCCUGCAGAAAAAAGACGGGCCGGUCCUCUACUCCGCCCAUGCCAAAGUCGUCGGCGCCCGCAAGGGCCACGUCGAAGCAGAGUCUCUCAACGUCGACCUCACCAUGUCCAAGGCCCUCGGCGGCCCCGGCGACGCAGGCAAGACCAAUCCUGAGGAGAUGUUCGCCGCUGGCUACGGCGCUUGCUUCCAGUCUGCUAUGAACGCCGUAGCCGCCAAGGACGGCAUCACCAUGCCCACUGCGCCCGAGGACAGUAUUGUUGAGACGACGGUGCAUCUUAUCGGAGAUAUGCAGAAUCUUGAUUUGGGGCUUCGUGUGGAUAUGAAGAUUAUGGUCAGGGGGUUAGAGAAGGAGCAGAUAGAGGGUAUUGUUGAGAAGACUAAGAAUGUUUGUCCCUAUAGCAGGGCUAUCAAAGGCAAUGUCUGGACACAGUACACGGUUGUUAAGCUGGAUUAA